AUGUCGUCGCUACGCCAACUAAAGAGAGCUGGCAAGAUUAUCUGCAUUGGCCGCAAUUAUGCGGACCAUAUCACCGAGCUCAACAGCGCUCGGCCGAAGCAGCCCUUCUUCUUCCAGAAGCCGACGUCCUCCAUCCUGUUCCCCGGCGACGGGCCAGUGAUCCGGCCACGGGGCGUCGACCUGCACUACGAGGUCGAGCUCGCUCUCAUUGUGGGCAAGCGUCUCAGGGACCUGAACGCUGAGAAUGAAUCGGCGGCGCUGGACGCCAUUGACAGCUAUGCCCUCAGCAUUGACAUGACGGCGCGCAACAUCCAGAACGAGGCCAAGAAGAAGGGUCUGCCGUGGGACAUCAGCAAGGGCUUUGACACGUUCCUGCCGCUGAGCAACAUCAUCAGCAAGGACAAGAUCCCGGAUCCGCACAAGAUCGAGCUGUACCUGACCGUCAACGACAAGGUACAGCAGAACGACUCGACCGAGCUGAUGCUGUUCCGCCUGCCGCGGAUCUUGAGCGAUAUCUCCAAGGUCAUGACGCUCGAGCCCGGCGACAUUGUCCUGACGGGCACGCCCAAGGGUGUCGGCCCCGUCGUGCCGGGGGAUGUGAUGCGCGCCGGCAUCAGGGUGGACGGCAAGGAGCUGGAGGAGGCCAAGAUGGAGGUUCAUGUUGUAGAGUCGACCAGCUCGUAUGAGUAUGCCGAGACAUGA